AUGGCGGAGGACACUGGGAAGCCGGGCUUGCUCGAGUCUUGCCUGAUCGCUUUUGUCCAGAGCAAAUCGCUGUCGAGUACGGUCAUUUCCCAGUUUUCCGAGGUUGUUCGUAAACAUGGCGCCGAGGUACUGGAACCUGACCGGCAGGGCAAGAUCCGCAUCCCACAAGCCACGCACAUCGUGUCCAACACGGUCGAUUUCGACCAGUACGCCGAGGCGCAAGCCAUGAUGAUCCCCGUCGUGCGGUCCGACUGGCUCAAGGCGACCAUCAACCGCAGCAAAGUCGCCCAGGUCCGCCCGUAUUCGCCGGACCCGCGUAUGAUCUUUUCGAAUGUCAUGCUCACAUGUGCCGAUAUUCCCGACACGGAUAAGGAGGCAAUCAGCGGUGCGAUUAUGGCGUUGGGUGGCAUGGAGUCGAAGGACUUGACGCGGCAGACGACGCACAUCUGUGCCUUGUCCCUCGACCAUCCCAAGUGUAUUGUGGCGAAGGCGAAAUUUGCCAAGUGCAAGAUUGUUCUUCCGCAUUGGUUCGACGAUUGCUUUCGCCUUGGUAAGAGGAUCGAUGAAGGCCCUUAUCUUCUCCCCGACCCAGAGAUCCUCGCCAAAGCGCCAGAAGAUGCCGUCAAAAUCCCCGCGAGCCAACGACUGGAGGGCGCCGUGUCGACCAUACCAUCCGGGCCAUACGAGACCGAGGGCAGCGAGAAGCUGGUUGUUUUUGCGCAGAAAAAGGUCAUGCUCGCGCAGGACUUGCCUAUCAAUGCUAUGCUACGCAAGACGAUUACGGACAAGAUUUCCAAGGGUGAUGGGGAGGUUGUGGAUGCGAUUGAUGACUGUGACAUGUUCGUCUGCCAGUACCGAGACGGCGACCAGUACAUCCGCGCAUCGCAGCAAGGGAAGGACGUGGGCAACCUGGCGUGGCUGUACCACAUGAUGGUGUACAAUGAGUGGACGUCACCCUUUCGGCGAUUGCUCCACUACCCAGUACCCAGGGGCGGCAUUCCUGGAUUCGAGGACAUGCGGAUCACGCUCUCCAACUACGGCGGCGAGGCACGGAUAUACCUGGAGAACCUGAUUACAGCAUUGGGCGCGACCUACACCCGUACGAUGAAGUCCGAAAACACACAUCUUGUGACAGCACGGAUGCACAGCGAAAAAUGCGAGGCCGCCAAGGACUGGAACAUCGAGAUUGUCAACCACUUGUGGGUUGAGGAGUGUUAUGCUGCCUGCCAGGUUCUGCCUCUCAACAAUCAAAAAUACCGUCACUUCCCGCCACGGACGAACCUGGGCGAGGUUAUUGGCCAGACCUCGUUUGAUGAACCGACCUUGCGGGAGCGGUACUAUCCGGGUGGGGAGGAACACAUGACAACAGCCGCUAGAAAGAAGAGAAAGAUCAACGAACGCGCCCAGCAGAAUGCGCUCAGCGUGGGCCUGGAUCGUGAUUUUAGUGUGAUGCAGGAUUCCAGCAACCCCACGCCAUCGAGGUCCGUCAAGAAAGCGCGAGCUGGCCCGGCCUUGGGCAACUUUGCGACUCCCGCCAAGUCGCGCCAUGUCCGGUCGGGCAAGGAGAAUGACACCCCGUCUAUCAUGUCUAGCGCUAGCCGCAGCGCGAAAGCGCAGGCGCUCAAUAAGUUGCAAGACCUGGCGCCGGAUAUCGCGCUUUAUGAAAAAGAAAAGAAGCGGACAGCGAAAGAUGGCCACGGUGUCUGGGGCGGCAAGCGUGCUUUGGAUCAGCUCGACAAGGAACGGGUUCACCAAAGCUCCAGCCCGAAGGGUGCACCGGAGGAGGAUCUCGAGGAUGAGGCAGAAAAUAAACGACCGGCUAAGAGAGCCAAGGUCGGGCUUCCUGACAUCGAUAUGCGCAUCUGCCUGACGGGCUACACGCGGUGGGUGAAAAGCAGCGUUAACGAGGAAGCUGACCGGAGAAAGCUGCGCGCCCUUGGUAUCCAGCUUGUGCAAGAGAACGCGCCAUGCGACUACCUUGCUGCCCACAAGAUGGUCCGCACAAUGAAGUUCCUCCGAUGCCUAGCCAAGGGCCCGGAUGUGAUCGACUCAUCUUUCAUCACAGCCUGUAUCGAGACCGGCAAACGACCACCCGUUAAAGACCACAAGUUGGUUGAUAAGGACAGCGAAGCUCGAUUUGGCGUCACUCUCGACACAGCCAUCAGCCGGGCACGCGCCAACCGCGGCCGAUUGCUCUGGGGCGUGCCUAUUUACUGCACAGCCGAAAUCCCCAACGGUGCCGACGCCUUCAAGACUAUCGCUGAGGCGAACGGGGGUAUUUUCAAGGUGUACCGCGCCCGCAGCGGCACUACCAUUAAGCCCACGACGGAGGAAGAGGAUGGCGGCGCAGAACCAGAACCAGUGUAUCUCUUGAGCGGAUCAUCGCCGGCGGAGCGGCAGCUAUGGCCGCGCUUUCAAGACAUGGCGCGCAAGGGGCAUAUGGAACCGCGGAUCGUGAUGGCAGACUGGCUGUUGGAUGUUGCCAUGCGGCAGGAGUUGUCGUUUGAUCCGAGAUAUGCGCUGAAGGGGGUGGAGUAG